AAGCAAGCAAAAAAUUCUGAUAAGGAAUUAGAGUCAGAACUAGUUAAAGAAUUAGAAUCUAGGAUAGUUGAAGAAUUAGAGCCUGAACCCAUCGAAUAUGAGGAAGUUGUUAGUGAAAUGCAAAUAAAAAACUCUGACGAGCCGUCAGAUGCUAAACCUGAUAAAUGUGAUAAAUGUUUCAGGCUGCAACAAAAUACACUGAAGCAAUUAGUUGAAAAUGCAAAGACAAAAAUAUGGAUUACAAGUUCGCAUAGACCAAUAUAUAAAGAUGAUGCAGAAUCAACAUUGCACAACAAGAGAGCAUAUUGGAAAAAAGCAGCUUCAGGUUCUAAAAAGAUUACUAAUAUGUUUCCCUUGAAGAAUGUUGAAGUUCCUAAGUCAUAUACAGAAAAUUAUAAUUUUACAUUUGAUGACACAUACAAUAGUAGCGAUGAUGAUAAUAGUAAAUUUACAUUAGGAUCUUUAGAUUUAUUGUUAAAAAAUAAGAGUGAUGAUUUAGCUUGGGCAAAGGAUCAUGACAUGCACAGCUCAUUCACUCUUGAGCAAACUAUUACUGAAUAUUUGCAUACAUAUAAAUUUACAUUGAAGAUUACUGAAUUUGUAAAAUUCAUUAAGAAUGAGGUUAUACCUGCUCUUGGAAUAGAAGAAAAGACAACCAUUUCACAUACAACAGCAUCAUAUUGGCAUAAAUUUUUGCAGAAAUUUGCAGAAUUACGAAAAAGAAUAGCUAUUUAUGAAGAUGAAAAUUUGAAUCAGAUUAUUCUAUUUUUACUUUUACCUGAGAUUGUUCCUAUUACCCAGGAUGAGUCGUUAUUUUAUGCCAAGGAUGGUGCUGUUAAGGCCUGGGGUCCAGAAGAUGAAAGCCAACUUCAUCAAAAGUUGCAAGAUCUUAGUAUCUAUGUAAGUGACUUUAUUUGUGAAUCUAUCGGGUGUCUUCAAUUUUCAGAGGAGAAGUGUGCUAUUAAUGAUUUGUUACCUGAUGAUGAGCAGCUUAUAUAUACUGAAACCUGUGUUGUCAUGCAUGCUGGUACAAAUUAUAAUGGCUAUUGCAACUAUAAUGCAUUUGCUGAUAAUGCAUUAGUGGUUACAAGAAUGAACAUGAAGGAUGGUAGUAAACAACCUCUUCUCUGUGAUGGUCAAAAACCUAAUAGCUCGAUACAUAUCAUGAUAUUCACAGAUAUCGAUAGUGUAGUAAAACCCAAAGCAGCAGGCCAUAUGUGUAUGUUUUAUCCAAAGUUCCAUUGCGAACUUAAUUAUAUUGAGUUAUUCUGGGCAGAAACAAAAAGGUAUUCAUGCCUCCAUUGUGACUACAUGUUCAAGAGCCUUCAGGAAGUUGUACUAUAUGCAUUGGAAUUUGUUAGCCUAACGAAAAUUCACCAAUUUGCACGUCAUUAUGAAUGCUACAUGAGUGCUUAUAAACUUGGACUUACAGGUAAGGCAGCUGUUUUUGCAGUAAAAUGGUAUCGAUCACAUCACUGUGUUCCUACAAGUGUUUUAGAAGAAUUUGGUGAUGUUAAUCAGUAA